AUGGACCGAAUGAAUGAUGAAUUGAAUCUGACAUUUAUAACUUUUGGUGGGCAUGUAGAAUUAGAAAAAUACAAAUUUUUGUAUUUUGCUGUCAUGUUUAUUGCUUAUAUUCUAAUACUCUGCAGCAAUUCAACCAUUUUUUGCCUCAUCUGGAUUAAAAAAAGUCUCCAUGAGCCUAUGUAUAUUUUCAUUGCAGGAUUAUUGUUCAACUCUGUUAUGUUCAGCACAAAUAUCUACCCCAAACUUUUGAUAGACUUUUUGUCUGAGAAACAGAUCACAACGCAUUCAUUUUGCAAUUUUCAGGGGAUUAUUUAUUACACUUUAACUGGUUCAGAGUUUUUCCUCUUGGCAGCCAUGUCCUAUGACAGGUAUGUGUCUAUAUGUAAACCCCUGCAAUAUCAUACUAUUAUGAGAAGAAAAAAUGUUAAAAUUUUGCUGGUUUUAGCUUGGCUUCUGCCUGCUUGUCAGCUUAUGCCAUCAGCUGUAUUCAGUAACACUUCACAAAUUUGUAGCUUUACUUUGAAUGGAAUCUUCUGUAAUAAUGCAAUCUCCAGGCUUUACUGUGCAAUCCCAAAAUCACCAUAUUUAAUAUAUGGUUUGUUUAUUCUAAUUAACACUGUAUUUCUUCCUUUGCUUUUCAUACUUUUUACAUACUCAAAGAUAUUUAUAAUAUGCUAUCGAAGCUGUAGAGAAGUCAGGAAAAAAGCUGCACAGACCUGUUUACCCCACCUGCUCGUUUUGAUCAGCUUCACAUGUUUGUGUUCAUAUGAUAUAAUUAUAGUUCGAUUGGAAAUCAAUUUACCCCAAACUGCACGUUUUAUAUUGACUUUACAAGUGAUUUUGUAUCAUCCUCUCUUUAAUCCAAUUGUAUAUGGACUGAAAAUGAAAGAAAUUUCUCAACACCUCAGGAGGUUGUUUUGUCAAGCUGUCCACUCCUGCUGCAGCAGUUACCCAGCAGCCUCUGUCUCUGUCAGCUUCAGCAGAGCCCCUGCUGCCUCAGCCCACUGCAGCAGUCUCCAAGCCCCUGCUGCCGCAGCCCGCUACAGCAGUCUCCAAGCAAUCACAGUUUUCAACAUCGCCUGCAGCACCUCUUCAGCCACGCUCCAAGCCGCCUGCAGCUGCAGCAGGCCCCAAGCCACAGCCACGCUCCAAGCCGCCUGCAGCUGCAGCCCCCAAGCCACAGCCACACUCCACUGUGUCCCCGUCCUCCGCAACUGCAGCAGCUUCAUCAGCCUCUAUCCUGUCUCUUUUCCCAGUCAGAGCCCCAGUCACCCUCAUCCUCACCACCAAAUACACCAAAACAAUCCCCGGAGCUGCCCCAGCCAUCUGAGGACACCACUGUACACCCUGGGCCACAGAGAGAUUCUCCAUUCACACCAGCUGCAGCUUCGCAGCAGCCUUGGCCUGCUCAGCCCGAGCUGCCAGGGGGUCCCGCUCAGCCUGAGCCAGAAUGUCCCAAACCAGAGCCCGAGCAUCCCGAGUCUUCCAAGUGUUCCAAGGCCAGCCAAGGCUCUGGAGAGUCUCCGCCUCCACUGGGAGCGCAGUCGGCCUCCUGACCUGCUUUACCGCUGCUGCUGGGAGCACGGAGGGCCUCCUGACCUGCUUCGCCACCACCGCCUGAGGGUCUCUGCCAAGUCACCUGAUGGCCCACGACGCCGCCACCACCAACUUGGUUCCCGGCCAAGUUGCCUGAUGGCCCACGACGCCGCCACCACCAACUUGGUUCCCGGCCAAGUUGCCUGA